CUCAAUGUAUCGUGUAGGUUUUUUUGUUUUCUCCAGCAUAGCAGAUAAAUAACCAUACAAUUAUUUAGUGUAGAGCGUCAGACAUAAAGAAAGAGACUGGGUUGUUCUUAACGCCGCAAACCUGUCUUCAAAGAGGUUCAGGUUGGAAAGUGGAUCAUUCUCCAAUGGACACCCCUGAGAGCCCCACCCAGUCCCCUGAAAGCCCCAACCAGUCGCCCCAGUCCCCAGAGGAAGAGGAGAAGGGCCUUUCUGACAGCGAGUUCCUGGCAUCCCCCGAGGAGGAGGACAGGCUGCUCUCCGACAGCGAGCUGCUGAAUGAUGAAGACAAUGACGAGUUAGAUGAAGUGGGUGGUGGAGGUGGGGACUCUGAGCUGGAUGAUGACGAAGAUGAGGGGCUAGUUCAGGAGUGUAUCUCUGACCCAGAGGAUGAUGAAGUGGAUGGGGACGGUAGAAGGGAUAGCCAUACUGGUUUAGAGCAGGAUGAGUCAGUGGGGAUGGUGAUGAUGGGGCAGAGGAGACAGGUGAGCCAAUCAGCUGAUGAGGAUGAAGAGGAGGACCGGGUCAGCCAAACUCCUAAGUCCCCUGAUUCUGAGCCAGAGCAGGAGAGGUCAUCCCCCUUGGCUGAGGAGGAGGAGGAGGAGGAGAUGUCCAGAUAUGAGAAGGAAGAAGAGCGGGGUGAAGGAGGGGAACCAUCAGCCAAGCUGGCUGUGGAGACAGCAGAGGUAGAUGAUGAAGAGGAGGAGGAAGAGAGGCGGAGGAGGAGGAGAGUGGUGGUGGUGAAUGAGAUGAAGGAGUCGUCUGUGUCCAGAGAGCUUGAUGAACAUGAGCUGGACUAUGACGAGGAGGUUCCUGAGGAGCCCAAUGUUCUAGCGCCUGAUGAGGAGGUGGAGAAAGGACCUGGAAAUGGGGAGAAAGAGGGCAAGGGCAUCAAAAAGAAAGAGAAAAUACCAAUCCUUCCUCCAUCCCCGAAAGACAGUCCACCUAAGAAGUCUGAAGAAUCCAGGGCUCAGGAGAGAGGAAGGAGAGAUUCCUUUCGUGACAAAAAGAAGGAUGAGGAUGAUGGAGAGAUUGAUGAGGGAGAGAUAGAUGAUGAUGACCUGGAGGAGGGAGAGGUGAAGGACCCCAUGGACAGGAAGAUCAGACCCAGGCCCAUCUGCCGGUUCUUUUUGAAAGGUAACUGCACCUGGGGUAUGAAUUGUAGGUUCAUCCAUCCAGGGGUCAACGACAAGGGCAACUACUCUCUCAUCUCCAAGCCAGAUCCCUUCUCUCCCAACGGGGCACCACCUGGAGCACCCCACCCUCUCAUGCCGGGCAAUAACCCCUGGGGUGGACCUGCUGUUGAGGAGCUCCCUCCACCCCCUCCUCCAGUGGAGCCUCCUGUGGAGAGUGCCUGGGAGAGGGGUCUGAGACACGCCAAAGAGGUGUUGAAGAAAGCCACCAUACGCAAAGAGCAGGAGCCGGACUUUGAGGAGAAACGAUUUAACGUGACCAUUGGAGAAGAUGAGAGAGACUUUGACAAAGAGAACGACUUCUUCAGGGAACGCAGCUACCGCAUCACCAGAGAAAUCAGAGACCCAGGUGAUGUGGAGUUCAGAGACCCAGUCUAUCCUAACGACCCUUAUGCUGAUCCCUACUAUGACUAUGAGAUGGAGGCCUUUUGGAGAGGGGGACAGUAUGAGAACUUCAGAGUGCAGUACACAGAGACCCCUCUGCCCUACCACUACAGUGAGCGUGAACGAGAGCGGGAUCCGCGUGAGCGCCAUCGCGACCGAGAGCGAGAGCGGGACCACCGCGAGCGAGAACGCCGGGUGAGAGAACGCGAGAGGGAAAGAGAGAGGGAGCGAGAGAAGGAGAGGAUGCGCCGAAAGGAGGAGUGGGAGAGGGAUCGCAUGAAGCGUGAUGAGAAGGAAAGGCCCAUCAGGGAGCGGCCACCACGGGAACCUCAGGAGAAGAAGGAGGGGGAGGACAAGCACCCAAAAGGUUCCCCCAGGUCCCCCACCGACACCAACAUGCCCCCCAAUCUGCCGAUGAUGGAACCGCCUUCCAAAAAGGAGCUGAUGCCCAUGUCCAAGCGGCCAGAUGAGUGGAAGGACCCCUGGCGCCGGUCCAAAUCCCCCAGGAGACUUCCGGGCAUGUCUGGGUCACCACCGCGGGGCCGCCGGCGACACCGGCCUUCUGGAUCCUCUGUCUCACUGUCCAACUCAUCUAGGUCUUCGUCCCGCUCUUCCUCCUACACAGGCUCCGGUUCAUCCCGCUCUCGGUCUCGCUCAGGCUCCUCGUCCUUCAGCUCGUACUCCAGCCACUCAUCCCAGCGCAGCUCCUUCAGCGGCAGCCGCUCCAGGUCCAGAUCGUUCUCAUCGUCUCCAUCGCCGACCCCUUCAGCACAGAGGAACGCCAAGGAUAAAGUCGAGGACCCACCAGCCCUAGGGCCGAAAGGCGUCCCAUUGAAGCCUGGUACACCUCCCCCUCCUCGUAGGGAGAAGGCUCCCCCCAGGAAGGCUCCCAGCCCACCACUGCCAGGCCAGCCUGGGAAACCCCCCAAACCCACCCCGGAGGGGGGCAAGCCCGCCAACCCCCACGAGGGAGGCCGACCCAUGCCGCCUCGGGAGGGAAGCAAACCCCUCAACCUGCGGGAGGGCCGACGGAAGGAGAGGCAGCAGCACAACCCACCCAGGAGGCGGACAGUCAGUGGCAGUGUGAGUGGCAGUAGUUACUCUGGUUCCAGCUCUCGGUCCAGAUCCCGCUCCUCCUCUGUCUCCAUCUCACGCUCUGGAUCCAAGAAGUCCAGAAAAUCCAGGUCUCUGAGUGUGAGCAGUGUGUCCUCGGCCUCCUCCAGCAGCAGCUCUGUGAGGAGCGCUGACUCAGAUGACAUGUACGCUGACCUGGCCAGCCCUGUGUCAUCAGCCAGUUCCUGCUCCCCCACCCCCGGACAGCCCCACGCCCGCAAGGAGAGGGGCCCGCCACGGGACAGGGGUCCCAACAAGGACAAAGGGAAGCCCACUAAGAAAGAUGAGCCCCAUCCCCCCAGAGAGGACCGGAGGAAGAUGGAUCCCUCAGGCCUCCCUCACAGAAACACCCACGGCUCCAUGCCCAGGUCUGGGCCUGGCAGCAGGGGACACGGGCCUGGCGGCCACCCCAUGCACCCACCCCACGGUCCCCCCAUGGGACCCCCUGGAGGCUACGGCCAGCACAAAGACAUCAAACUCACGCUUCUCAACAAGCAGCAGGCAGAGCGGGGUAACAGGAAGCGAUACAUGCCUUCAGACAAGGACAGGCCUACCUCUCCACUCAGCAAGAGGAUAGCAUUGUCUCCUGAGAGAGGUCGUGGUGACAGGAGGAUGCCUGGACGGCCCCCACUCUCUCCUAGAAUGGACCGGCCCAGAGGCCAGGGCCCUCGCCCCAUGCCACCACCGGGAGAAAGAAAACGUCCGCUGUCCCCACCACCCAAGUCGUCUGGGAAAGGUCCAGGGGGGUUGUCCUCGGGCUCAGGCAAGCAGCCCCCAGGCGGCCCAGGCUCAGGCUCUGGCAAGCCCAGCAGCACACUGUCCCGCCGUGAGGAGCUGCUGAAACAGCUCAAAGCUGUGGAGGAUGCCAUCGCCCGCAAGAGGGCCAAGAUCCCAGGGAAAUAACCCUCACCCUGCCCGCCCGCCUGUCUACCCAAGUCGCCCAGGCAACAUCAAGCAUCAAGGGACAUAAGUCACCAAUACCUGUCAAGAAGCCUAGCGUUCUCUGGAAAUGUAAAAAAAAAGGUGUCUUUCCCAAAAUGUAAAGGCCAUUGUGUAAUUGUUCCUGAACAAAAUGGCCACCAAAACAUUUCUGCUUGUUUGCCCUCAGAGAGAGGUUGUCUAAAAUAUAUUUUACAGUGCUGAACAAAAGUAGUAGCAGGGUGUCACUGUUGCUCGCUCUUGUCUAUUUAGUGAGAAGGAACAAUCUUCCCAUUGUGUCUCAUUGAUAAGGUGAAUUUAUAUACUUUUGAUCCACACUCUGUUUCUCUCUGUCUGCCCCUUUUACUGUCUCUUAUCUCUCUCAUGUCUUAGAUUUUUUUUUUGUGGGGUCGAGUGCUGGUCUUGCCCCAUUUGUUCAGUUCUGAAGAUCCUGGAAACUGCCUCUAGUCUCCCAACUGGUUCUCUGUACAAACAUUCAUCUGUAUUCAUUCAGAAUGAGAAACAUGCUCACAGGACCUCUUUUUCAUGGUGGUCGUGUCUUAACCAAUGACUUCUCCUGUUCUAGGUCUGUGCGUUGUGUUCUCUUAGUGUUCAUUUUACAUACCGUGUACAAUAAUAGUGAGCAUUUGACAAGCACCCAUUUUUUUCAAGUGUAUGAUUGUAGAGAACAAAUUGAUAGUGAUGUGAAGUAUUGCUUUUUUUAAUCUACCAAAAGAAUCUCUAGCUCUUCUCAAGUAAUUUACUGUGUUUUAUUUGUCCCACAUUUUUAGUUGACAGAGUAUGAGAGAUGGAUUGGGGACACCGGAGAAUAAGGAGUGUGUCUUGCUUUUGUGACAAAAGGCUUCUAAAUAAACUAUUUUGAUAAAGAGAAACCA